GUUAGAGCAUGUGGCUCUUACGAUCGAAAAGGGAGCGAGCAAAUAGUGUGAAUCGGGACAUUGGCCCCGCCAUAGUAGCUACAGCUGACGUCGUCACUCCACCGGUGCACGUCGUGUCACACAUGUACAACACUAUGCCCAGGAAAAGAGGACUAUUAGGCUGGCUUUGGACUCUGACGGGACACCGGAGAGAGACGCGUAUGAAGACAGAUCCCGGCGGCGAGAUGCAGAUAAUGCUUCCCAACCAAGGCAAUGAGCGUGUCAACUCGGGGGACGUGUGUCUCUUAGCUGAGAGCCCUUACAGAAUACUUAGGGCGGCUGAAAGUGGGAAUAUAGAGGACUUCAUGCGUUUAUACCUGAUGGACUCGUCGAGGCUCGCUCUGAAGGAUGCACGAGGUCGAACAGCGGCGCACCAAGCAGCUGCUCGAAACAACACCAACAUCCUUCACUUCAUAAAAAACUACGGAGGAGAUUUAAACCCAGCAGAUGUCGCAGGCAAUACACCGUUACAUAUAGCAGUAGAAAACGAAUCUUUGGAAGCUAUAGAUUUUCUUCUUCAAAACAAUGUGAACACGUGCGCUUUGAACGAGAAAAAUCAGGCACCCAUACAUUUAGCUACAGAAUUAAAUAAGGUGUCGGUGCUGCAAGUCUUUGCAAAAUACAAAACUCAGUUUAACGUGGACUUGGGGGGAGAACACGGGCGUACUGCGUUGCACUUUGCGGCGAUUCACGACCACGACGUGUGUGCUAGAAUAUUGAUCGCAGAUUUUGGAGCACAAUGCAAGCGUCCGUGCAACAACGGGUACUACCCGAUACACGAAGCGGCCAAGAACGCUUCGUCUAGAACUAUGGAAGUAUUUCUCCAGUGGGGUGAAUCCAAAGGUUGUACACGAGAACAAAUGAUUUCCCUGUACGAUAACGAAGGCAACGUGCCUCUGCACUCAGCAGUGCACGGCGGAGACAUCAGAGCCGUGGAGCUGUGUUUGAGAUCUGGUGCAAAGAUUUCCACACAGCAGCAUGAUUUUUCUACACCCGUUCAUCUGGCCUGCUCCCAGGGUGCCCUUGAAAUUGUCAAGCUAAUGUUCAGCAUGCAGCCUGAUGAGAAAAUGGCUUGUCUUACAUCAUGCGACGUACAGCGAAUGACUCCGUUACAUUGUGCUGCCAUGUUUGAUCAUCCCGAUAUUGUCAACUAUUUGAUCGCUGAGGGAUCCGACAUCAACCCUAUGGAUAAGGAAAGAAGGUCUCCUUUACUUUUGGCAGCUUCAAGAGCUGGCUGGAGGACUGUUCAUACUCUGAUAAGCCUCGGAGCAGAUGUAGAGUUGAAGGAUACAAAUGAUAGAAAUGUACUACAUCUAAUCGUGAUGAAUGGCGGGCGGCUGGAAGACUUCGCAGCUACUUGCAGAAAUCGCUGUGAACAAAGCCUUAUACAUCUUCUUAAUGAGAAAGACAGCAAAGGUUGUUCGCCCCUGCACUAUGCUAGUCGUGAAGGGCAUAUCAGGUCCUUGGAAAGUCUCAUAAAACUCGGCGCUUGCAUAAAUCUGAAGAACAAUAACAACGAGAGUCCCCUGCAUUUUGCUGCCAGGUAUGGACGUUACCACAUUGCCAGCCAGCUUCUAGAUUCGGAUAAAGGUACCUUCAUAAUAAACGAGAGUGACGGUGAAGGUCUCACACCACUGCACAUUGCCUCUCGUGAGGGUCACACAAGAGUGGUGCAACUGUUACUUAACCGAGGAGCCUUACUGCAUAGAGACCACAACGGUCGUAACCCACUGCACUUGGCCGCCAUGAGUGGGUACAUACAAACAAUAGAACUGUUACAUUCAGUUCAUUCCCAUUUACUGGAUCAAUCAGAUAAAGACGGGAAUACCCCACUUCACUUGGCUACUAUGGAAAAUAGACCUAACUCCAUAUCUUUGCUGCUAUCUAUGGGGUGCCGCCUGAGUUACAAUAAGUUGGACAUGAGCGCUAUUGACUACGCCAUCUAUUACAAGUUUCCUGACGCGGCUCUUGCUAUGGUUACCCAUGAAAAUAGAGCUAAAGAAGUAAUGGCGCUUCGUUCUGACCGCCACCCUUGCGUGACCCUGGCUUUGAUUGCUUAUAUGCCGAGGGUAUUCGAGGCAGUGCAGAACAAAUGCAUCACUAAAGCUAAUUGCAAGAAAGAUUCAAAGAGCUUUUAUAUCAAGUACAACUUCGAUGCCCUUUGCACACAACCAUUAGCUGAUGAAGGCAACAAGAAGCCAGAGAGUGUUUUGAAAUCUCAAAAUUUACCUUUACCAGCCCUCAACAUUAAAUAUUCUUUCAAGUUCUACCAAGACUCGAAGCUUAAGAUUGAAGCGCUAAGACAGGCGCUGAACAACCCAAAGUAUCGCCCAGAACCGUUGAGUGUGAUCAACGCUAUGGUUGCUCAUGGUCGUGUGCAACUGCUUGCUCAUCCACUAAGUCAAAAAUACUUGCAAAUGAAGUGGAAUUCUUACGGAAAAUAUUUUCACCUGGCCAAUCUACUUUUCUACUGCGUUUUCUUAACAUUUAUCACGCUUUACGCGAACCUACUGAUGAAGAAACCGUAUGACGUACAAACAAACAACAAAACCAGCAAUAGUACUUUGGCUAAUUUAAAAAAUAAACCUGCUGAUGAACAAGGUAAAGACAAAACAACCGAGUUUGAAUCUUGGAUUGCUUUAUACACGAGCACGGUAGCGAUUCUCAUCUACAAUUUCAUUGGUUUGAUUCGAGAAAUGUGCAAUAUAAGGGACCAAAAGUGCCAUUACAUAAUGGAUCCAUCAAAUUUUGUCUCGUGGAUGCUGUAUGUUAGCUCAGUACUCAUGGUGCUACCGUCCAUAUAUCCAAUUUAUGAAGACAUCCAGUUCUCAGCUGCUUCGAUCACGGUAUUUUUGUCGUGGUUCAAUUUACUCUUGCUGCUGCAGCGCUUUGACCAAGUUGGAAUUUACGUGGUGAUGUUCCUGGAAAUCUUGCAGACCCUUAUAAAAGUUUUGAUGGUGUUUUCCAUUUUGAUCGUAGCUUUUGGGCUGUCAUUCUUCGUACUGCUGUCUAAAGGAAAACAUUUGUCCUUCAGUAGCAUUCCAAUGUCGAUGAUGCGAAUUUUCGCAAUGAUGUUGGGAGAAAUCGACUUUGUGGGAACUUACGUGCAGCCUUACUACAAAACCGAUUCAGACAUUGUGUUGCCAUUUCCCAUACCGACAUUUUUGAUCCUUGCAUUGUUUAUGGUAUUCAUACCGAUUUUGUUAAUGAACCUACUCAUCGGUUUGGCUGUCGGCGACAUUGAGAGUGUGCGGAGAAAUGCUCAAUUAAAACGUUUGGCUAUGCAAGUGGUCUUGCAUACGGAACUCGAGCGAAAACUACCUGCGUUUCUGUUGGAAAAAGUUGACAAGGAUGAACUGAUUGAAUACCCAAACAAUAAGAAAUGUAAACUUGGCUUUCUCGAUGUAAUUCUACGCAAAUGGUUCUGCAACCCAUUCACUGAUGACGCAGUGAGCCGAAUAUGGGUUGAUGACGACGACUUUAUUUAUACAGCAGCCAAUCUAGAUCUCGUCCUUGAAAGCAGUGAUGACACGAUAAUGAGAGAAGUCGACAAACUCAAACGACGUUGCCGGGAAAUGGCGCGGACACUUGACCAAACGCAUCACCUUGUUCGGCUAAUUGUGCAGAAAAUGGAGAUCAAAACCGAGGCGGACGAUGUCGACGAAGGAGUUUCUCCGGCGGAGACCCGCGCAGCCCCCCGCUGGAACUCAUCCCGCGUACGAAAUAAGUUGAGGGCCGCUUCUUCUUUCAAAACCAGUUAAAUUUGGCAAACGGUUCAUUACGGUCUGCAAGGCGACUAUGGCGGUGGCAAUUAUUAAUUGAAAGUUCAUUUUUUUUUUAUUGAGAAAGAAUACAAUAUGGAACUUAAGCUAACUUAUUCUAAUAACUAUACAAAU